GAAAUACAAACAGCACUGCUAGUCGGUUUUGAGGCUGAGCAAAUUCAUUUACAUACUAUGAACCAUGGGACAACACAAAAAGUCAGAGGAUACCUCCACCUCCAUUUGAAUGGAAGGUCCUAUUCUCACCCAGAGUGAAGUCUGGAAAUUCGACUCUGGGAUUUGUGCUGAUUUCAACAAUACCCACAAAAGCGAUGCCUGUGUGACCCUCGUGAACAACAUCAUGGUGGAUAACAAGCCGACUGAAGCCUGUAAACACACAGAAACAGGCACUCAGGAAGAUGUCCCCACCAUCUCCCAGACAGAGACAACCAAAGUGGAUCAGCUUCACACAGCCGUCCCGCAGGGCCCAGCAUCGGAGGAAGAUUUAGGCACUCGUCCAGGACUGGUUCAGGACAGUGCUCACCAGCAUGAAUUGAUCAGUGGUGGUGGACCCACACGUAGAGAGCGAUUUACAUCAGACCGACAACAGGCCAGCCAAGAAAUCACCAUACUGGUAACCAACCAUGAGGCACCAGAGAUGGAGAUUGAAGAAUCUGAAAAAAUUGAAAUUCCCACCUUUCUUGAGCCAAACACCUCAGCUGAGUGUGCAACACCAACUGAAGAUGACAGUCUGGACGCUUCCAAGGUUGUGGCAGACCUAAUCGAGCUCAGCCAGCUACAGGAGACUAGAAUGAUCAGCAAUAGUUCAGCAGUGCAAAGUGUCAGCACAGUUGAGCGUGACUUACCACAGACCGAUAGAUACAGGGAAGUUCAUAUUGCACAAACUCAACAAACCAAGGUUUCUGAUGACUCUGCUAAUGCAGAGUUUGUUGUUUCUUCUGACCUGAAGGAUCCCAAGAUCAAAGUGGCAUUUAAGCAAACCAAACCUUUGGAACACAGAGAUGCAGAGGACCUCUGUAGAGUGAGACAGGACCUGACAUCUGGGCAACAGCAGCAUGUGCAGACCCAGGUUAGUCUGGAGGCCAUGUACCAGUCUGUGGCCACCAGCCCUAUGACCCCUCCUCAGGGUUCUGCUGCCUUCUUCUUCCCAUAUUCUCUCAGCAAGCUGGGUACCAGUGGAGAAAGUGAAGCGAUUGCAUCAGUCAAGAUGAAGGAUGCUGAACUCCAGGUGGGUGUACAGGUGGAGUAUCGAUCAGUUGCCACUGCUCCCAUGACACCUGUAGUCACGAACGCACCUGAGCUACAGAUAGAGACUCGGUCAGUUGCAACUGCUCCCAUGACACCUGUAGUUACAAAUGCACCUGACUUACAGGUUGAGACUCGGUCAGUUGCUACAGCUCCCAUGACACCUGUAGUUACAAAUGCACCUGACUUACAGGUUGAGACUCGGUCAGUUGCUACAGCUCCUAUGACCCCCAUUGCAACAACUGCCCCUGAACUGCAAGUGGAGACUCGUUCGGUCGCUACGGCUCCAAUGACUCCCAUUGCAACAGCUGCACCUGAACUACAUGUGGAGACUCGCUCAGUUGCCACUGCUCCUAUGACCCCUAUUGCAACAGCUGCACCUGAAUUGCAGGUAGAGACUCGUUCGGUUGCCACUGCUCCAAUGACCCCCAUUGCAACAGCCGCACCUGCAUUGCAUGUAGAGACUCGUUCAAUUGCCACAGCUCCUAUGACCCCCAUUGUAACAGCCGCACCUGAAUUGCAUGUGGAGACUCGUUCGAUUGCCACAGCUCCUAUGACCCCCAUUGCAACAGCUGCACCUGAAUUGCUGGUAGAGACUCGUUCAAUUGCCACCGCUCCCAUGACCCCCAUUGCAACAACUGCACCUGCGUUGCAUGUAGAGACUCGUUCAAUUGCCACAGCUCCUAUGACCCCCAUUGCAACAGCCGCACCUGCGUUGCAUGUGGAGACUCAUUCAGUUGCCACAGCUCCUAUGACCCCCAUUGCAACAACUGCACCUGCAUUACAUGUGGAGACUCGUUCAAUUGCCACCGCUCCUAUGACCCCCUUUGCAACAGCUGCACCUGCGUUGCAUGUGGAGACUCAUUCAGUUGCCACAGCUCCUAUGACCCCCAUUGCAACAGCCGCACCUGAGCUGCAUACAGAUACUCAUUCAAUAGCCACGGCUCCAAUGACCCCUAUUGCAACAAAUGCCCCUCGACUUCAUGUGGAGACUCACUCAAUUGCUACAGCUCCCAUGACUCCCCUAGAGACAAAACCACCUCAACUGCAGGUAGAGACCCGGUCGGUUGCUACAGCUCCCAUGACUCCCAUUGCUACAAGACCACCUCAACUACAUGUGGAGACUCGCUCUAUUGCCACGGCUCCCAUGACCCCCAUUGCGACAAGACCACCUCAACUACAUGUUGAGACCCGCUCUAUUGCCACGGCUCCCAUGACUCCCAUUGCGACAAGACCACCUCAACUGCAUGUGGAGACUCGCUCAAUUGCUACGGGUCCCAUGACUCCCAUUGCAAGAAAAGCACCUGAGCUACAAGUACACUCAAUUGCCACAAGUCCUAUGAGCCCUAUAGUCCUGAGCUCUCCUGAGCUGAUUCCAGUGCCUGAGCCAAGAGCAGCACCAGGGCCAGAGGAUCCGCCGGAGCCUGUACAAGAUGUGAGUUGGGACGAAAAAGGCAUGACAUGGGAAGUCUAUGGCGCUGUGGUGGAGGUAGCUGUUCUGGGUACCGCCAUCCAGAAACACCUGGAGAAACAGGUGAAGAAGCAACAGAAGCCACCUGUGGGUACACCUGCUCUGGCCCCAUCUUCAAGCAUCACAGACACAGCCUCUCCUCUCCCUUCCAGCCCACCGGCGACAUCAGCAUCUAGUCGGUGCAGUUCAGCAAAAGGAAGCAGGAAAAAGGAGGAAGGGAGAGGGACGAGGGGCAGACGGAGACAAAACCCUUUACGAUUGUUCUUCAGGAAUGUGCGGAGGCCAAGCUGCUGCUCUCGAGCGCACUCUGAGGAGAGACACUGAAGAAACGCUUUGAAAUGUUGGGCCUGAUGGCAGUCCAGCUAUACUUUAGGUCCUGACUGUUGACAGGAUUGGCCUGAUAACAAAGCACAUGUGUCUUCGCUAGUUGUAGCCAUAGAUCCAGUCACAGGAUCUGUCCAAUGAUGGGUUCCCUUUAAUGGCAAGCUCUCCCAGUGGCCGGGUAUGUUUUUAACCUCUUUUGGGUAACUGUGUUUCUUUUAUCAAGCUUUUCUGUGCUGGAAAUCAAAUGAGCACAAUACUGCGCUCCCAAGGAACUAAACAAGCUAUGGGUUGAACAAAAAGUACACUACGUGCCCUACGAUUCUUUGGCGAGACAUCCACAAGAGAACAUUUUGCCAUUGGCUAAAUCAGUGAGACAUUACUGAGUAUGUAGUGUUCUCCUCCAAGCGUAGUUCGGCUCUGAUAGCCCCCACCUUCUCAUGCGAGUACAGUAAAAGUGGAAGUUGAUUACGUUUCCUCAGUUAGAUGUAUUUGAGUAAAAUUUUGACAGAUUUGUUCUUGUCUGAGUAGUUUUAAAUGACAAUACUUUAACUU